CAAAUCCAAACAAUAACUUUCCCCAUAGUCACUGUUUUGGAGCCUGAAUGACCUCAACCAUGGAGGCAGACAUUCAGGCUCAUACUGUUGUCCAUUUAGAUUCAGCCUGCAACAAUCAAUCGAAUUCUCAGCCUCGAAUACGGAAGGUUCCAUGCAUAUUGCGUGGGGUCGACAAAAACAGACGAUGCUACAAUCCAAUGGUGGUCUCAAUUGGCCCUUUCCACCAUGGCAGACCUGGAUUACAACUUCUGGAGCAGCUCAAGAUGGAACAGGAGCAACAGUUCAUUUCCUAUCUGGGCAGUGAAUUCCCAGCCUUCGACAGAAACUUUGAUGAGGUAGCUAUGAGAGCAAGGGAUUGUUACGAUUUGAGUACUCUCGGGCACCCCGAUUUGGGUCCUCUCACUGAGCUCUCAAGCAAAGAUUUCAAGUGCAUGAUGUUCAGAGACGGUUGUUUCAUUCUCCAUUUCAUUUGCUGUGUUGCCGAAAACAAGCCCGGCUAUUCAAAGAUGAAAAUUGAUCAAAGAGCUUUCGUGUUAAGGGACUUGUUCUUGCUGGAAAACCAAUUGCCAUUCAUAGUUCUUAAGACACUGAUGAUCAUUCGAUUCGGUGAAGAAAAAUCGAAAGAAUUGAUCACCAACUUCAUCCAAAGGCAAACAGUGUUCCCUGGCAAUCCUCCAUUGCAGGAAGACAAUCAACCCCUUCAUCUCCUUGACCUACUUCGGAAUGAACUAGUCCGUGCUGCACCAUCCAAGAGUCCACUCUUUCAAAUUUGGCCCAUGUCUCAACCCAGAGAUGGCACCACCACCACCACCACCACCACCACAGAAUUGGAAGGCUGGCACUCAUUUCGCGCGGUCACUGAGCUUAAAGCAUCAGGUGUAGAGUGCAAGAGAAGCACUACUUGUAGCCUAAAGGAGAUCAGUUUCAAAAUUGGCCUCAUCAAGGGAUAUCUGUUACUUCCUCCUAUUGUCAUUGAUGACUCAACCCAGCCUAAGUUGUUAAACUUGGUAGCUUAUGAAACAUGCCCUGAUGCUCCAGACGACUUCACUGUUACCUCUUACAUAUGUUUCCUGGAUUCUCUCAUCGAUAGCGCCGAGGAUGUGAAAGAACUGAGAUCAAAAGGAAUACUUCACAAUGUACUUGGCAGUGACCAGCAAGUUGCUGAUCUCUUCAACGACUUGACGAUCGACUUGGUGCCUGACCCUGAGCUUUAUCGCGAUGUUAAGAGUGGCAUUGAAAGGCACUAUAGGAGUACUGUAAGGUCUUGGAUGGCUGAUAUGCGUCAGACAUAUUUCCAUAACCCAUGGUCUGUCAUUGCUUUAGUUGCUGCUACAUUGGCUCUCCUGCUUACCAUGGUUCAAACUUAUUAUGCAAUCUUCCCUAGCAACAACAAUGACAGCUCCAAGAAGCCCUAAUUCACCCUUGCUAACUCUUAUAGCUUAGGUCUAUUUAUUUUUAAGGAAUUUCAGGCGAUUUUUUUUCUGUUGGUCUUUGUUGUAUGUCUUUUGUUCCUUUUUUUUUUUUUUUUUUGAUGAGAAAUAAAGCUUCAUCACUAAUAAUUAACAAGGGGUACAUCAUAAGAGUCUAACAAAUUUACAGACCAACAUAUUGGAGACUGCAUGAUUUCCCAUAGGCAUUGGAGAGCUGAAGUAGUUAGUAAGUCAUUAUAAACAUAUUUCAAAUAACCAAACUACAAAUAUAGUAGCCAAAAAACCUCAAACGAGAUUAGAGGCCAGUUGGGACUGGAACCCGAGGGUUGAGGUAUGAGUUGAAGGAGAGGUUUGUGUGAAAACCAUACUUCACUAACACUCCAAUCUGUUUGGUUUUCCAAAAUGUUAAGAGAUUCCAAUACCUACAACUAUGUAAGAAGACAAAAAGUUGAGGGGUAAGUAUCUAGCUAAGAUGACUAAUGGAUCAUUUGUAAGAAAAGCACCAGAAUCAGAAGAGAGAUAAUUUGAAAACAUCUAAAUUAGCAAUUCAAUAGUUGAUAGAUUUUAACAAGGCUUGUGGGUUAAAAUGCAAAUUUUUCAUAU